AUGGAUGAAUUUGGAGUUUUGGUAGAAAGUAUUGGGUUCAAAGCUCCAGGGAAAUCAGCUCCCAUGGCCAAAUUGAAGUCGAAACCGAAUUUCAACAGCGGCAGCAGCAACAGCAACAAUGGAUUCCCGCAAAGCAUAGGCAUCAAUUCAACGACACAUAAUGACUCCUCUUUCAUUGUUGAUGAUCUUGAUGGGAUUUUCAGAUCCAAUGCUAAUGUCAGCAAUCGAAAAUCCCACAAUUAUUUUGAUGAUGACGAUAUUUUCGGCGGGCACUUUUCAAAUACGACUCAAUCAGGGGGCAUUGACUUGGAUUCCGUGUUUAAGAGUUCGAGUAAUUCUUCAAAUUAUGAGUAUUCUUUCGGUUCCAAUGGGCAUGAUGACUUGUUGGGCUCAACACCAAAAGGAAGUAAUUUUGUUGAUGAUUUGUUCGGGAAUUUCGGGACGAAAUCAAGUGGUUUGAAGGGAAAAAAGGAGGAAAACGGGUCUGGAUUCGAUGAUUUGAUCCCAGGAUUUGGAGGAACCAGCCAGUCAAAUAAUGGAGCGUACUCCGACACAAAACAGUCAAGUGACCAUUCAUUGAACUCCGAUUCCAAGCUGGUGGAUGAUCCUUUUUUAGUCUUUGAAUCCUCUGCAUCCCAGGGAGAUGCUUCUUGGCCUUUUUCUGGUUCUGUGGAACAAAAUGCAGGAAAAGGCUCAGUUCAAUCUUCAAUUGAUGAACUUGAAGAUUUUGCCAUGGGUAAAGUCCAGAAUGAUGCAAAUAUUGAUAGCACGGGGAAAAUGAAAAAUGUGAGGAGCACAAAUGACAGACCAUAUUCAGAGAGAAUUGGGAAUAUAAAAAUUUCUAUUGGAAAAAAGAAGGUAGGUCCAAAUGAGGGAGAAGUUAAAGGAAAACAGGAGGCACUUCCCAAAAGUCAAAGGACAAAUGAAGAGCGAGCACGGAGGGCCAAUGAAGGGAAGAAAGGAUUUGAGAAUGAAGAUGAUCUCGAUAUGUUUUUUAGCAGUGGUGUACAGUUAAACCAUAUGGCUAGGAGAAGUUCCACGACUGAGGACUCUCUGUUUGAUACGCUAUUCCAUGAGAAAAGAGAGUCUAAAGUUAAGAGUACAACUUCAUCUUCAGUCAGCACAAAGAAGGCGUCUUCAAUGAUGAAUAAUGUUGACAACUUCUCUUCACUUUUCGGAGAUGACACAUCAUCUGGAGAAUUUAAGGAAAAAGAAGGGGAAAGUGAAGAACGAAGAAGAGCAAGACUAAAUCAUCAUAUGAGGACCCAAGCUCGUAUGGCUAAAGCAUUGGCUGAUAAAAAUCGACGUGACGUUCAGGCACAACACGAGCAGGAAGAGAGACAUAUGCUUGCUGAAACUAUGGACAAUGAUAUAAAGCGUUGGGCAGCAGGAAAAGAAGGAAAUUUGCGAGCUCUGUUGUCGUCAUUGCAACAGGUGUUAUGGCCUGAAUGUGGUUGGCAGCAAGUAUCAUUGACCGAUUUAAUUACUUCCACAUCAGUGAAAAAGGUUUAUUAUAAAGCAACCUUAUGUGUCCAUCCAGACAAGGUUCAACAAAAAGGAGCCAAUCUUCAACAAAAAUACAUUGCUGAGAAGGUUUUUGAUCUUCUGAAGGAAGCUUGGAAUAAAUUCAAUGCUGAGGAAAUGAGAUGA